GCGAUUUAUUUAUUUAUAUAAUUGUUUGCGUAAAUAAGCAAGAAAAUGAAUUAAAGCGAAUUAUAAGCUCAAUACGAAAGUAUUUAAAAUAACAUUAGAAAUUAAUUUGAGGAAAUUGAACAGCUUUCUAGUGAUCAAGGCGAUAAUAAAGACUUAAUUAUUGAAAAGUUGGUUUCUUAAAAUUAGUAUAUUUAUAAUUAAUAUGUUAGACUUUACGAAAAGUCUUUAACGAUUGAUGAUAUAGCUCACUUAAUUGAUUUAUCUUCUAGAGAUGAGCAAGAAAUUAAAUAAUAUGUACAAGAUUAAGUACGUAUUGCUUUCGAAGAUAAAAAAAUGCUUGAAGACUAAGUAGGUUGUUUAAAUUUAGAAUUAUUCAAAAUGAAAGAGAGAUGUUUAUAAUCUGAUUAGAUAAAUGAUAAAAAUAUUUAUAAAAAAUAAUUAGAAGACAUUUUAAAUGCUUAUGCUGAAUACAGAAAUAAUAAUCUAUUAAAAUAUGUAGCUGCUUAUAAGGAAAUAAAUACUGCAAAUUUCAAAGCUAUUUUAUUCAAAGAUCUUGAGCUAAUCACAAAUAUUAUUAUAGAUUAAAGAGGAUAGAAUUAUGCUACUUUUUAAGGAAAUUUUGAAUCAGAAGUAAAUCAGAAUAAUUACUUUUAAGCAGCAAAUUUACAAUAAAAACUUCCAAGGACAGAUAGCCAAAAAAGCUAUGAAAAAUUUGGAAAAGAGGUUUUAAGUAAAAAAGCUUCCUAAAUAUUAAAUGAACACAAUAAUGACAAAAAUUCAAAUAUUAGUGCUAUUUUAAAGGCAAAUAAAUUAGAAAUCGAAAAUGAAUUAAGAAAUAAAUUAUCUAGGUUGAGCAAUUAAAAAUCGUAAUAAAAUUACCAAGAAGAUGAUGAAAUUAUUGAAAAGACUUAAGUUUUUGUUGAUAGAGCUAAGAAUGAAGAAACGGGAAUUAAAACUAUUAUAAAACACUCUAUUUAGCGUUUAAAUGCUAUAGUUGAUGAAAUGUAAGCUUAGGGUAACUAACAUUAAUCUUUAAUGGAUUCUUUAAGAGAUGAAUUAAUGGAGCUCACUUCUCGUAUAUACACAUUAAAAUAAUUCUCUAAAGAUGAAGAAACAGAGAAAUGGAAUAAGGUAGUUAAGAGUAUUUAAUAAAAUUAUGAAGAAACAAUGAAAUAGUAAAGUCAAGAUAUCGAGGAGAGGAAUAAGGAGAUAAAAAGAUUAAAAGAUUUUAUAUGUGAAUAUGAAAAAGAAGUUGAAAAUAUGAAAAAUUUUAUUAAUGAUAUUGAGAAUAACGUAAAGGAGAAAGAAGACAUAAUUCAAUAAUUACAGAAUAAAAUGUAGUAGAUACAUUUAUAGCAAGAUGAUGAAUAAAAUUUCUAUUAGGAAUAAAUCGAAGAAAAAAAUAACUAAGUCUUAAAACUAUCUAUUCAAAUUUAGUAGAUUACCAAUUAAAAAAAUGAAUUACUUGCAUAAAACUCCUCCUUUAAAGAUGAGAUAGCGAAAAUAGAAGAUUAACUUCAUCAAAUGAUUAAAUCCAAAAAAGAAUACGAGGAUGGCUUAGAUAAAGAAAAAGAAGAGACUUUUCAUUAAUAUAACAAAUUAAGAAUGGAAUAUGAAACAGAAGCUUAAAAAUUCAUGAGCAAAAUUUAAGAGCAAGAAACAUAAAUAGAUGUUUACAAAAAGUAGAUUCAGCUGAAGGAAAUGGAAAUGGAUGAAAUGCAAAAUACUUUUAAUCAGCUCGAAGAAUUUUCAAAAAAGUAAUUAGAUGUAAUCAAAGAACAGCAAGAUUAAAUAAUUAAAUUCAGAAACAUAAAAGAAAAAAAUAAAUAGUACAAGGAGAUGAUUUAAGGAAGUAAUGAAGAUAUCUAAAACUUAAAAGCUGAUUUUAAUAAACUUAUAAAUUAAACUUAAUAAAUUCAAAAAGAAUUGGAAAUGAGGAAUGAAGAAAAAUAAGGUCUCAAAGAAGAAAUUUAGUUCUUAAAAAUGAGAAAUGAUGGCUAUGAAAAAAGGAUAGAAGUGCUUGAAAGAAGAAACGAUGAAUUAGAAGAAAUAGCCAUUUAAAAAGAAAAGCAGUCAUAAUAACAACAGCAAAAUCCAGAGUUAAAUUACUUUUAGAAUAAAUUAAACUAAUUGGAAUCAGAGAAAAUUUAAAUUAUUUAAGAAAACUCUUGUUUGAAGGAAUAAAAUAAAGAGCUUACGAAUAAGUCAUAGGUUUUAAUUUAAAACCUUGAGUAACUAUAAGAUUAAAAUGAGAAAAGUGUUGACAUAAAUACUCAACUAGCAAAUGAAAGAGACUUACUUUAAGAUAAGUUAUUUAAAUUAUCUGAUCUUAUAACCUUGAAUCGAGAAAAAAUGUAAAAAUAUGAAUAAAACAUUUAGUAUUAUUAGUCAAUAAUUAGUAAUUAUAUGUAUAAUGAUUCAAACUAAAGAAAAAGUACAUUUAAAGAUGUAGACAAUGAACUUUCUUGCAACAGUGUAUUUAAUAAUGUUAAUGCAUUAAAGCAAUAUUAAUAAAAUUAAAAUUAAUAUAAUGCAUUUUAGCAAAAUGCUAAUCAAGAAAUUAUUGUCUAAUAAGAAUAUUAACCUAACUCUUAUAUAAAUUAGCAAAAUCAGCAAAUUAAUUUUGAAAAUUAACAACCAAUUUAGUUUAAUUUAUCGAAUAGUAAUUCUAAAUAUUAAAAGAUAUCGAUGUUUAGCCAACCAUUUUAUCAAGAUAACGAAAAUCAAAUACAAAGUAGUAACUUUUCUAAUAAUUAUUCUGAAAAUUAUUUUUAAUAUCCAUAAUCUGAUCACGUACCUAAAUACAGCUUCUGUAAUCCAGUUAAAAAAUAGGACCCUAUUCAUAAUUAGAUUUUAGAAGAAAAUAUUUAAGAAGAAAUUCCAUCUAACUAAAACACUAAAAGAAGCAAUAAAGAAGAUUAGGUGAACCUAAAUAAUUAAAUGAAUUCCAAAACUAAUUUAUCCUACAGUCCAUUCACAGUUCAAAAUGAAGUUCUGAAUUCAGAUGAUACAAAUAACAACUCUAAUUUUAAUUAGAUUAAAGUUAUGAAUGGUAAUAAUUUAAAUAAAAUUAGUGAUUAUCAAAUAAAAAGUAGUUACCAGAAUAUGGAUUACCUGUAAAAAAAUAUGAUUUCCAUUAAAAAUAAUGAAUAAAAGCUUCUAUUUAAUUAAAUUAAUGAAUCUGAUCAAAAUAAUAACAUGAGUAACUAUGAUCAAUAAUCUAAGCACAAAUUGUCAUUAGAUGAAGACCUUAAAAAACUAAUUAAUCUACAUUCAUCUAUUGUUGAAUCUAAAAAAUGA